AUGCAAAUACUAGCGCAGAAAGAGAAGAUGACAAAUGUCAAGGGACUUAGAUUCGCCAAAGUGUUUGAGGGACGCGAUAGAGCCUAUGACUCAGAGGAACAGUGGAAGAGCAAAUGUUUUGACCAUCCUAAAGAACCUUCUCUCGCACAGUUUCUCAUUACCGAUGUGCCCACAGCUCCCCCGGGGUGCCUUCAAUACCACCGGGAGCCCUCGUCUGAGGUACGGUCACUCAACUAUGGCGGGGACUUCAGGGACGAGCUCAACUACGAUAUCUGCUUCAGUAAGCUGGCCAGAUCACAGAAAACUGAUGAUCAAUGCAACCGUAAAUUCACCAACAUUGAACUGGAUCAGUCUUUAUCGUACCGUCACCGAAGUGAUCUUAUUAAGAAAAAAGGGACAAAAUCAAAGAACGGGAAUCGAUUUGGACGAAGUUCAGAAAAUUACGAACAUAAUGGACACAGCUCUUCCUUGCCAGAAGUGUUUGGAAAGGAAGUUAAUAAUGCUUUCUCUGAUGUAAUUAGUCAAGUCUCAAAAGCCGUGGAGGAUGUCCGGUCUGAGGCUGACCUGAGAGAAGGUGGCACUAGUCAGACCCACAACAGCAUUCCUCUCACCCUGCUGGAGCCAUAUACCAGCACACAGUUGAGCAGCAACAUGAAGGAAGGUGCAACAACCAUGAAGACUGAGUCCAGCGAUCAGAGUCCAACAGACACCCGUGAAGACGAGGAAGACAUGGCAACAGAAAGUGUCCACGACGUUCUUCCCAUUCUCUACUCUGAAGGUAACGAGGCUGUCAUCAGCCAGAUCCAGCGUGUUGUCCAGCAACUGCAGCUCCAACACACACUCAUUAACAACAACAACAGUUCACUCUCUUCCUCUGACAAGACAGCACACUCUGGCGUACCAUCUCGCACAAAUAGCUUCAAACUUAAAGACAAUGACGUCAAGGUGGAUGAUGCGAGCAUCAAUGACAGAGAAGAACUUAUGAACCUUCCAGAGAUGAUGGAGGAAACAAAGGUAAACAAUUCUCAUGACUCGAGUACAUCCAACUCUCCCUCUGCAACAACAUUUCCCAUGAGAGACAACAUAGCUGUGGAAGGCUCACGUCACGCUCAGAACACCUGCUGCUCACACCACACUAACUUCUCACAAUAA